AUUUAUUAUGCUAUCUGGUCACCACCUCCUAAUAUUUUUAAAUCGGGUAAUAUUUCACCUAGCGCUUCACCCAGUAUUAUACGUACAUUCCUUUUGUCAAAAAAUUCACAGUUAACGCCCACAGAUAACCUUCUGCUAGAGAAACUUUCAUCUCUUGAAAACCGGCUGAUCUAUGCAGCUUACGGACAAGAAGCUUUACUUGAAUGUAAUUAUUGUAAAAGCGUUACAGAUUAUUCCAUGUUUAUUGUUCCUAACAUGGUUUGGUCUUAUGUUAUGAUGCUUAUGGUACUUGGAAUUUCUACUAUGACUAAACGUAAAUCACAUUGGAGGAUUUAUGGAGUAAUAUUUCUUAUUGGAUGUGGAUUUAUUGAACUCUACACUUUAUUAACAACAGACAUUAGAAAAAACGCGGCACAAGGUGUUAUAGAAUUUUUAUAUAACAACACAGAUUAUUAUAGAAGAAUGGCAUUCGCAGGGUUAUCUCUUGCA